UUAGACAGCGAUGACAUCACGAGGAUUGGGGACACUGGUGGUGGUGGUGGUUUUUUUUUUUUUUUUUGGACUCGAAACGAACCUCAAAUCCAGUCACUGCACAGUCACGCCACAAUUGAUUGAUUGACAGGCAACUAAAGAUAUAUUUGAUUGGUGACCAGUGAUCGAUUCGCAGGAGCACGCGCGGGCGUACUGCGUGAGGUUUCAUCUUGUUUACAAAGAUAGCUAAAAACACUGCUGAACGGGGAAGGCGAGCCUCAUGAGUCGGCCUCGUGGGUUUCAUCGCCAUAAUGGAUUUGUCUAAAAUGGGUAUGAUCCAGCUCCAGAACCCCAACCACCCCACUGCCCUGCUGCAGAAGGCCAACCAGAUGCGCCUGGCCGGGACUCUGUGUGACGUGGUCAUCAUGGUAGACACCCAGGAGUUCCACGCUCACCGGACUGUUCUCGCCUGCACAAGCAAAAUGUUUGAGAUCCUCUUCCAUCGCAGCAGUCAGCAUUACACCCUGGACUUUCUUUCACCAAAGACUUUUCAGCAAAUUUUGGAGUAUGCUUACACUGCCACACUCCAGGCCAAGGUGGAGGACUUGGAUGACCUCCUGUAUGCAGCAGAGAUCCUGGAGAUUGAAUACCUGGAAGAGCAAUGCCUCAAGAUCCUGGAAACCAUCCAGUCCUCCGAUGACAAUGACACGGAGGUCAACCUUAACGAUGGAAGCACAGAGGAGGAUGACGAGCGCAAAGGCCACAACGGAGCCAAGAACUCCAAAAAGCAUUCCAUGCAGAAUCCCUAUCUGUCAGGUGCCCAGCAAGUCGCCAUCAUGACUGGCAUGGUGGACCAGAGUCCCUCGGUCUCCACCUCCUUCGGUGUCUCCAACCUAAGUCCCACCAAAGCUGCUGUGGACAGCCUGAUGAGCAUUGGCCAGUCUCUGCUCCAGCAGGGCUUUGGGGGUGAACAAGUUCUCCACGGCAACUCCCACCACCUGAUGACAGAGAUCAAGACUGAAAUGAUGCAAGUGGACAUGGGUGGCAAUGGUCAUGACAGCCCUCCUAACAUGGAGUCCAGCGCCUCCAGCAAUGGAGAGCGAAGCGGGGAAGACAGGAACCGAGACGGUCCAGGAACACCAACCAGGAGCAGCGUAAUCACCAGCGCCCGCGAGCUACAUUACGUCCGCGACGAUGUGAUGGGCGACCCUCAAGCUGAUGUCAGCCAGAUGGGGCUGGAAGCAAUGGCCGGGAUGACGGAGAAACAUCUUGCCUCGCUGUACGCCCUACCUGUCAAUCAUAAAUCAGAUGCACUCAUGUCCAUGCCGGCAUCCAUGGCGGCAUCCAUGGCCUCCGCUCUCCCCAUGUCCCCGGCCCUGGCAAUGUCUAUGGACUUCAGCGCCUACGGGGGACUCCUGCCUCAGAGCUUCAUCCAGAGGGAAUUCUUCAGCAAGCUCGGGGAGCUGGCAGUGGGCAUGAAGCAAGACGGCAGGAACCAGCACGAACGCUGCAAUGUUUGCGGUGCAGAACUACCAGAUAACGAAUCUGUGGAGCAGCACAGGAAGAUGCACAGUGGAAUGAAGACCUACGGCUGUGAGCUGUGUGGAAAGAGCUUCCUGGACAGCCUCCGUCUACGGAUGCAUUUGCUGUCUCAUUCAGCUGGGGAGAAGGCCAUAGUUUGUGACCAGUGUGGUGCCCAGUUCCAAACGGAGGAAUCCCUGGAGGCUCAUCGGCAGAUUCACACCGGGUCCGACAUGGCCAUCUUUUGCCUGCUGUGCGGGAAGCGUUUCCAGACCCAGCCGGCACUGCAGCAGCACAUGGAAGUCCACGCCGGCGUUCGCAGCUACAUUUGCAGCGAAUGCAACCGGACUUUCCCCAGCCAUACUGCACUCAAGCGUCACCUACGCUCGCACACAGCUGGGGACCAUCCAUACGAGUGCGAGUUCUGCGGGAGCUGCUUCCGAGAUGAGAGCACGCUGAAGGGCCACAAGCGCAUCCACACCGGGGAGAAGCCCUAUGAAUGUAACGGCUGCGGGAAGAAGUUCAGCCUCAAGCACCAGCUGGAAACCCACUACCGUGUGCACACAGGUGAGAAGCCAUUCGAGUGCAAGCUUUGCCACCAGCGAUCCAGGGACUACUCGGCCAUGAUCAAGCACCUGCGCACCCACAACGGCGCCUCGCCCUACCAAUGCACCAUCUGCCUGGAUUACUGCCCCAGCCUGUCAGCCAUGCAGAAGCACAUGAAAAACCACAAGCCCGAAGACAUCCCCCCAGACUGGCGCAUAGAGAAGACCUACCUGUACCUCUGCUACGUCUGAGGCCGGCGGAGUAAAGGAAGAGAUAGGGAGUGGUUGUUGUGAAGGUGGGGGGCGGGAUUGAGAGGUAAGGAGAAUGUAAUUGAGGGGAUAGUUGGAUGUAGUGGAGGGUUGAAGAUUUAGGAAUGUCAACGGCAAGAGACCCGAAAGGAAGAGGGUUUGUUUUUCUCUUUUUACUUUGUCACGCAAAGGCUAGGCGCUGACCGACGGGGUUGAAGGGUGGUGAUGUAGGGACAAAAGUGCUAAGAAGAGGAAGACUUGGACACGGAGAGAGAUUCUCCACCAUAGUUCGGAUUCACCGGGUCAUUCACUACAUCUGCAACUGUGUUAUUGUUUCAGGUCAUUUCAUGCAGCGCCAUGAAGCGAGCGAGCUGCAAGGAAGCGACUUUUUGGAUGCUGCUGCAAGUGAUAAAAGCAGAUUCUCAAGGGCUAUCUGAACCUGCACAUGCUUGCCAUCACUCCAUUUUGGGGAUUUUUGUUUAGUUUUUUUUGUUCUAUUUUGAUAUGGUUUGUUCGCAUUCGCCCUGCUUAGUCAUACUAGUUUGGAUCACAUGAACAAUGUGUGAUUAGGAGCAUCAACGUAGGCCCCCAGUUAAGCAUGUCUUGGAUUGCUUUCCAAGUAUUCAGGAACUGCCAAAAUCCUUCUCCACAGACCUUGAUUCUAUGGUAGAUAUGAACCACAACAAAGUUAUUUUGGAGGAGGACUGAGACAUAUUUUCCAACAGUUUCACCUCCUCAAACAAACUGAAUUAAAUAGAUGAGUUUGGGCGAACAUGCUCCUAAUCCUUUCUAUCCCCAAUGGGAGAUGUAUCUGUUUUGCAACUUCCAGUCAUUGUAGACAAAUAUCGUCCCUGUUUCCACACAAAAUCUGCCAGUAAUAACCUGUUCAUUCAUGAGGUCUUUCCGAUCCCAGCGGUGGCAGUGAGAUAGCCCCUGAGAAUCUGCAGCGGAGCCGGUAGGCGUAUGCAGUAGAUGAAACAGUUGAACUGGGUGAAUGGGAGCACUAAAAUACUGCAAACCAAGCACCUGUUUGGUUGUGGGGGUGGGGGUGGGGCAAAGAUGCUAGUGCUGCUUUU